GCUUAUUGAGUGUUGAAACUGAAAAAGAAGAAGAAAGAAAUAGAGAAGAAGGAAUAACAUCAAUGUCUGACUUAGAGUUUUUUCUUUUUCUUAUUCCUCCAAUCUUAGCAGUACUUAUAAUUCUUAAUCUAUUCAAAAGAAAACACAACUUUCAAAAUCUUCCACCAGGGGAUAUGGGUUGGCCUUUUCUUGGUGAAACUAUUGGUUAUUUGAGACCUUAUUCAGCUACUACUAUUGGAGAUUUCAUGCAAGAUCAUAUUUCUAGGUAUGGGAAAAUUUUCAAGUCAAAUUUGUUUGGAGAGCCAACAAUAGUUUCAGCAGAUGCAGGGCUAAACAGAUACAUUCUGCAGAAUGAAGGGAGAUUAUUUGAGUGUAAUUAUCCAAGAAGUAUAGGUGGGAUACUUGGUAAAUGGUCUAUGUUAGUUCAAGUUGGACAAAUGCAUAGAGAUAUGAGGAUGAUUUCUCUGAAUUUUUUGAGCAAUGCUAGGCUAAGGAAUCAACUUUUAAGUGAAGUUGAAAAGCAUACUUUGCUUGUUCUUGGCUCUUGGAAACAGGAUUCUGUUGUUUGUGCACAAGAUGAAGCAAAGAAGUUAACAUUCAACUUUAUGGCAGAGCAUAUCAUGAGUCUACAACCUGGAAAUCCAGAGACAGAGAAGCUGAAAAAAGAGUACAUCACAUUUAUGAAAGGAGUGGUUUCUGCUCCAUUGAAUUUUCCAGGAACAGCUUACAGAAAGGCCUUACAGUCUCGAUCAACAAUUCUUGGAUUUAUUGAGAGAAAAAUGGAGGAGAGGCUUAAGGAAAUGAACAGAAACGAAAACGACCUUCUAGGUUGGGUUCUGAAGAAUUCAAAUCUCUCAAAAGAGCAAAUUCUUGAUUUGCUACUGAGUUUGCUCUUUGCUGGCCAUGAAACUUCAUCAGUAGCAAUAGCUCUGUCUAUUUUCUUACUCGAAAGCUGUCCUGCUGCUGUUCAACAAUUAACAGAAGAGCACUUGGAGAUUUCCCGGGCAAAAAAACAGUCAGGAGAAACAGAAUUAAAUUGGGAUGACUACAAGAAAAUGGAAUUCACCCAAUGUGUUAUUAAUGAGACUCUAAGACUUGGGAAUGUAGUGAGGUUUCUGCACAGGAAAGCUGUGAAAGAUGUUCGAUAUAAAGGUUAUGAUAUUCCAUGUGGAUGGAAAGUGUUGCCGGUGAUUUCAGCAGCGCAUUUAGAUCCUUCACUUUUCGACCGACCUCACGACUUUGAUCCUUGGAGAUGGCAGAACGCAGAAGAGUCGCCUUCAGGUAAAGGAGGAAGCACAGGCACAAGCAGCACAACAAAAAGUAGUAAUAAUUUCAUGCCAUUUGGGGGAGGUCCACGUCUAUGUGCAGGAUCUGAACUGGCCAAACUUGAGAUGGCCAUUUUCAUUCACUAUCUUGUUCUUAAUUUUCACUGGAAAUUAGCUGCAACUGAUCAGGCUUUUGCCUAUCCUUACGUAGAUUUUCCCAAUGCCCUACCUAUCAAUAUCCAACAUCGAUCGUUAAAUAAAUUACAUGACUAGCCCUAAUUCAUCGUAUUAGAAUCUACGUUCGCUCGCACAUCGCAUCGUCUAUGGGUAAACAUUUUAUUAUAUUGUAUAAAUAAAAAAUGGUAGCUGAACAAAUGGGAAAGAGGAUGGUACUUGAAAUGAUUCAAACCAAAAGAGAUGUUUUGUAAAUCUAGCUAAUUAUCUAGGAGGUGAAGCAGCUGCUACAGUUUUUGUUCUCUCUUUUUUUUUUUUGCUUUAUCUCUUCUCUUGUUUUUUUUUUCUUUUUUCUUUCCGUUACGUAGUACAUAAUUUUCUAUGUAAUUAAAUACAGCGAAAUUAUUCGAUUCUCCGUUUUUACUU